AUAGUUAUACAUUAGAGACCUUUACCUAGUCACUCGUACUUGAAGAUCCUUUUAAUACCUACUCUUAUAUUACCUUGGAUCCAGAGACCUGGAUCUCUCCCCUGGCCUGCACACACACACACACAAUGAAGAUUGCCGUGGAGGGUUGUUGCCAUGGCGAGCUGAACAAGAUCUACGAGGCUUUGCAACAUGCCGAACAAAAACAAGGAAUAAAAAUCGACCUUCUCAUUUGUUGCGGAGAUUUUCAGGCUGUCCGUAACCAAGACGACCUCCUGUGUAUGGCAGCGCCGGAGAAAUAUCGCCAGCUCAUGAAUUUCCAUGAGUACUACAGCGGGAAGAGACAAGCUCCAAUACUCACUCUCUUCAUAGGAGGGAACCACGAGGCAUCCAAUCACCUUUGGGAGCUUGGUUACGGUGGUUGGGUGGCGCCCAAUAUCUACUACCUCGGCUUUGCGGGUGUGGUCAAGUUCGGUGGUGUAAGGAUCGGGGGACUCUCUGGGAUCUACAAACAUCACAGUUAUCAUAAAAAUCAUUUUGAACGUCCCCCCUACGAUUCUUUUACCAUAAGGAGCGCGUAUCAUGUGAGGUCAUGUGAUCACUUUCGCCUGAAACAGGUAUCUGGUAAAGUGGACAUAAUGCUGUCACACGAUUGGCCGCGAGGUAUAGAGCACCAUGGCAACACUCACCAGCUGCUCCAAUGGAAGCCACAUUUCAGGCAAGACGUGGAUAGCCAGUCCCUUGGGUCGCCCCCGGCGAUGGACCUCCUGCGCUACCUCAAACCACUGUAUUGGUUCUCUGCUCAUUUACAUGUCAAAUUUCCUGCCCUUUACGAGCACGACAAAGGUCAAAGUUCAUCAGGGGAGGUUAAAAGUUCAAACUGCCGUCAAUUCACAAAGUUUCUGUCUCUGGACAAGUGUCUCCCACGGCGAUCCUAUCUGCAGAUUGUCGAUGUUACCAUGGAUACGGUGGAGGAGGGCCCAUACAAGUUGACCUAUGACCCCGAGUGGUUGGCAAUCCUCCGCUCAACGGAACAGCUCAUGUGUUAUGAUAACUCUCGAUGGAUGGAGCCAUUCGGAAAAUGCUGUACUCCUUCACUGGAGGACCUUGUGUAUGUGGAGCACACCUUGUUCCGUGGUGACCUAACCAUCCCCACCACCUUUGAGUGCACUGCACACACACUUGGGGAGACACCCAAACCAGUGGUUUCUGGCCACCCCCAGACAGAGCGCCUGUGUCAGACCCUCGACAUCUCCAACCCCUUCAAGCAUGACAGAGAUAUUAUUGUCUCUGUGGCUGCUGGAGAUGUGAGCAAUCCUGAUGAAAUCUCAUUGGACGAUGAUGAGGUUGCCAUGGUUUCAAGCAACCCAGACGAGAUGCCUCAAGAUGCUGGUGUGGGAGGAUGGGUGAUAGAUACUGCUGGGAAGAAUCGAACACGUCUCUCCCUACCCCCUCCCACUAACCAACCUGAGUCACAUGACCAGUCACAUGACAGUGCUCCGGUAUCACAUGACCAGCCGAGAGAGGAAGCAUCACAUGACCAACCUAAGAUAAAGCGUCGGAACAUAGCUCUGUAUUCAAUGCCUGCUCAAUCAGAUGAUGAGGAAGACACUUAAACAUUAUUGAGUGUUAUUGAUUUGAUCAUAAUUUCAUUUUUUGGA